AUGUCCGACUCAACUAAGUACAUGCUGGUUUCGCUACCUUCAUCCAUCUCGCCAACGAACGAUAGAGAAGAAGCCCUUACGGCGCUACGUUCGACAGUCACAACGAACAAUGGCGUUGUCGCCCCUUUCAAGAUACCCGAAUUUAAGAUUGGAACUCUCGAUGCUUUGGUACAGCAGGCAGACGACCUUUCUAAACUCGAAUCUGCCUGUCAAGGUGUGGUAGCCAAGGUUGGAGAAUCGCUGAAGAGCUUACUGGAGGGCGAUGAGGCAAAGAUAGCCCAGCAGAAGACUGUUAACGACAAGCCUGCCGAUCAAUAUCUACGCACGUUUUCAUGGAACAAGGUCAAAUACCGCGCCGAUAAACCCCUCGCAGAGCUUAUCGAUUCAUUGCAGAAGGAACUUGUUAGUAUCGACAAUGAUGUCAAGGCGAAAGUCUCCCAAUACAAUUCAGUAAAAACCAAUCUUACAGCUCUGCAAAGGAAACAAACGGGAAAUCUUUCCACGAAGUCCCUUACGCCAGUUGUCGAUCCCAAACUGUUGAUACAAGACUCCGAAUACCUCGAAACACACCUGGUAGUCGUACCAUUGAACAGCAAAAAGGAGUUCCUCAAGAGUUACGAAACCGUAUCACCAAUGGUUGUGCCAAGAUCAUCGGUGGAAGUUGCGCAGGACGAUGAAUAUAUUUUAUAUACCGUCACGACUUUCAAGAAAUUCAGCACUGAAUUUCAACACAAAUGUAGAGAAAUGAAAUGGACACCGAGAGAUUAUAAGUAUGUUGAGGGUGGUAAAGAGGAAGAGCGCAAGGAAGUCGAGCGUGUAAGUCGAGAGGAGAGAAAAGUUUGGGGCGAAGCUUUACGGUUAGGCAGGACCGGGUGGAGUGAGGCUGUUAUGAUCUGGAUUCAUGUUUUGACUCUGAGAGUGUUUGUCGAAACUGUCCUGCGGUACGGGUUGCCACUUGACUAUGUUUGUGGUUUGGUCAAGACAACCCCAAAACUCGCGAAAAAGGCGAAAGACGCACUUGACUCUACAUAUUCAUACCUUGGAGGUAACGCUUUCGGGCGAGAUAAGAAGGGCAGAGUCACCAAGGAUGAUUCAGCUUUGUCAUCAGAGAUUGCGGCUGCGGGUGUCGGCCCUAGCGGAGAGGGCGCAGAGUACAGCGCAUAUGUUUAUUAUGAGUUCGAGAUUUUAUAG